GUAUUCCCAAUUCCGAUAGAGUGCCUGAUGUGCCAAGUGCGAGUGGCAGAGUCAGACAAUUUGGAUGGCCUGACAGAAAUGCUGUACCUUCACUUCGUAAAGCUUCAAGGGAGGACCAAACAAAAACGCCGAGCGAUUGGCACAGGCUUUGACUUUGACCCAUACGCACGACGUCGUCACUUUACGAGAAUUGAGAGGAAAAUCUCUAGGAGACUGGCGGUGAAGAUCGGUGAAGACACGAACCAAAGCGUCAACGCCAACAUGAAGAAAGGAACGACUGUGCAGUCUCUGAAGAAUGUCUUAAACCGUGCAGCACGGACAAAACCCAUUCCUGAGGAGGAGGAAGAUGGUGUACUCCACCGUUGCCUGAGGACGAGGGACGUAGUGGGCCUUGGUCUGGGCGUCACAGUGGGUGCCGGUGUCUUCAUGGCAACGGGAAAGGCAUCUGAGGAAGCGGGACCUGCCGUAACCAUUGCUUUGCUCAUUGCGGGCUUCGGAUGUAGCUGCACAGGCUUGUGCUAUGCAGAGAUGGCCAAUUUGGCGCCAUCUUCUGGAAGUUCCUAUAGCUUUGUGUAUCACUCGGCGGGAGAGUUGCCUGCUUGCAUGGUGGGUUUGUGCAACAUUGUGAACGGCGUGUUGACGGGUGCUGCUGUUUCUCGUGGAUGGGAAGGAUAUCUGAGAGCUUUGUUGGCAUCCAUGGGAGUUCCGGUCCCAGACGUUUUCAACGGCCCCAAAUUCGCGAUGUUUGAGGUUUCUUUCUUCGCACCUCUACUGCUUGCUUUCGUGGUGGGCAUUAAUCUUUGCGGCACCGUGGCUGUUUCAGCGUUUAACAAUGUGGUCACAAUGGGCUCGCUGACGAUGCUGUCAAUCUACGUGUUUGGCGGUGCCUUCUUUGUGGAUGCGGAGAAUUGGUCACCCUACGUUCCAACAGGUGCCACAGGAAUUGCGCAAGCAGCAGGCUCCGUUUUCUUCUCCUACAUUGGUUUCGACGUGCUGGCCACCCUCAGUGCGGAGGCCGGCGAAGCAACGCAUAGUCGUGUGAUUCCCCUUGGGAUCGUCUUGACCUUGGUGAUCACCACAGUCCUCUACUGUUGCACCUUGCUUUUGAACGAUCCCGCGCGUGGCUACAGUCUUCACGGGAUUGGUGAAGUCUCUCGGUACACAGACAUCAGCCAAACUGCCCCGUUGGCUUCGGCCGCGGAAGACCGGGGCCUGCACUGGCUGGCGGUGCUCGUGGCCAUUGGAGCACUGGGAAAUACCUUAACCACGGUGAUUGGUUGCGUCCUAGCGCAACCGCGCUUAUGUUUCGCCAUGGCGCAGGACGGCCUUCUUCCUGCCACUCUGGUGCGUGUGAACCGCUUCGGGGCUCCAGCGCGAUCCUUGCUGAUCCUGGCUGCGCCCGCUUGUGUCUUUGCCGGCUUCUUCGAUUUCCACAAGAUCGCGGACGUGGUCUCGACCGGUGCCUUGUGCACAUUUUCCUUGGUUUGUUCUUCCCUGAUUCUCAUGCGCUGUCCCCGAGCCAUGAACACCAACCACUCCGGCGUUGCCGGCGCAUCGAACAGCAGCACCAAUGAAGAGGUGAGGAAGAAGUACGAGGCCUCGGCCGACUCCCUGCGAUGCCUUCCACACAGACUCCACGGCCUGCCGGUGAGGGUCAGCUACGGGAAAGUCAAACUGUGUAUCAUUAUCUUUGCCCUCUGCACCUUCAUCGCAGGCAUCCUUUUCCGAGUUCCAAGCAUCAACAUGUCGACCGUGUCUGGGCCAUACGUGCCACACGUUUGGACUGUGCGUGUCCUUCUUGUAUUCUUGUCCAUCUCUGCUCUCGGCGCGGUGCUGAUGAUCAGUUUACCCUUCAUCAGGAGCAAAGAGGACACCUAUACCUGGGCCGAGCAGACCAAACGAGCGCAUGGUUUCAAGUUGCCCUUGAUGCCGUUGUUUCCUCUGAUCGGAAUCGCGAUGAACGUGCUGCUGAUCUCGCAGAUGAGUCUUUUGACGCUUUUUGAAGCUCUGUUCCUACAAACCGGCGCGGCGGCCUUCUACUUUGGCUAUUCCUACUCCAGGAGUCACUUGAACCGUACUACCAAGAAGACCUGGGCCCCGGUCUUCGACAGUACGAUUCCGCCGCAAAAUCGCGAACCCGACGAUCUCUGA